UAUUUACAAGAUUUUUAUCUCAAGUUAAAUAUAACGUGUUCUUUUGAGGAAAUUUGGAGGGAAAAACACACGAUUUCAGGCAGUUCACGAACAAUUCUGUGUGUAUAUUUGCCUAUAGUUCAAAUUUACCACAGAUUUAAAUAUAUCUGUACAUUUACGUAGUGAAGAAACGCCAAAGAAAAGUAAUUAUCUCUGCUUAUAAUUCAGAACCUAUAUAAAGAUAAGCGACGGUCAGCUUAAAAGACAUUAAUACAAUAUGCAAGGUUAGAUUAAGACAAUGAGUCUUUUUUUAAUUAGGUACAUGCCGAGGUGUAUAAUACGCAACUUUUACUAUUUUUAAUUAACGGUCGUAUGCAUUAUGCAUUAUGUUGUUCAGUACAGUCCAGGUAUUGGUUUUUCCCUAACAAAACUGUGCUUUUUUUCUGAGAGGCUGAACUGAAUCUGAAUUUCAAAUUUGCGAACAUGCAGAAGGUCGACUUCACUAACACAACAACCUUAAAAUUUUCGCCCCUUUUAAUUUUUUUUCCUACGUAAAUCUUAGACUCGAAAAAUGCAUAUUUGGCCAAAAAACUUCCGCAAUGCGAACUCUCUUAAAGAGUCCGCAACACGAAAUUCGUUAUUUGUGUCGUCGCUGUUGUAUAUUUUAACUAUUACGUGUUGAGUGUGUUAGAUGGUGCCUAAGCAACCCAAAACAUUAAAUUUCAAAUGAACCGAGGGUCGUAAAUGUUUCCUUUGGUAACUACGCUCAAAAAGUCCCCACAAGUUCUGAUUUGCACGAAAUUAUCCGUCCAAAAAACCAUUGAGGUUUGUUUUUUGUUGGCUCUUAAAGGAUUUUCAAGGCUUAAAUUAAACCCCUCACGAGUUUUCAACAAACCUUCGUGAAUCGUGAGUCGUUAUUAGAAGCAAGUAAAAGCCUUUGUUAGCUUUUCAGAGCUUUAAGACUUUUUUAAAGAUAUGAAUUAAAAUUCAUAUAUUUUAUUGCUCUUAGAGUCUUACUUAGGCACCAAAUGUCUGUUCUCUGCUAGUUUUAAAUGGGUUUCACAAUCCACAACCAUUUAAAGACACUAACAUGCCUUCAAAUUUUGUUAGAGUUCCCUCAAUGACUUUAAGAGCUUUUAAUUGUCUUUAACAGUAUUUUUAAUAUUAUAUUGCGCUUUUGUCACUUUAUUUUGUGAUGUGCUCAGGAAGAGUUGGAAAAUAAUAAAGAAUGGACCAGAAAGUGGAUGUUGAGAAGAGAUUCAGGCGGCGCAGCAUCUCAGUUGCUCAAAGGAUUCAGAAUCGAAGACCCAACGGAGUAUAAAGCUCUUCUCACAAUGUUCCCUCAAACUUUUGAUAAAAUAUAAAUCAAGUGGGACCGCGUAUCACAAAAAAUGGUCCUAUUACGAGAGAGAAGGUGACAUUAGUAUAUCUCGCUACCGUAACCCAACUGUCGGCCGCAGCAGUUUCAGUUCAUUUUGAACCAGGUAAAGUACAGAAGAUGUCAUUAUACAAAAAUGCAGUUGAGUAAACAGGUAUUUGUGCACCUUUAUUCAAAUAUUGACAACACCUUUUCGAUAAAUUUGUUUACAUAAUUAGUCCUUGAUCGAUAUUGUCUAUUGUGUUUAACAGUACAUGAAUAAAAUAUGCAAAGAUAUGAAGAGGAUAGAAAUAUACCUAGGACUGUGUGUUGUUGGUAAUCUAACCAUUUGCAAUAACACUGCAAUGCAAAUUGACUGUAGAGGCUUAACUUUUCGGUUUCAGGUGUCUUAGAGACCUUUAAGCAGCUUUUAUACAUCCUUGACAGUAGGAGAAGAGGUUUCAUGAGUUUCUAAGAGCUUUUGAGUUGUUUGCUACAAUCUAUUAUGCAUACCUACUUAUACAGGGUGUCCCACCAGGAACAGGUUCCUUAGGUGAAUUCGUGGCGAAAUGUCCUUUGACCAUCGUUAUCGAGAUUUUUUUCAUUGAAUAACAUUAUGUAUAUGCUGGUAUAAUAAAAUAAAGCUAAACUUGAAUUCUGCAAAUAAAUUACCCAUCUGCGGUCCUGGAAAAUGGAAAAUGUGUCCGAUACCAACAGUUUUCAAUUUUUGUAUGUGUAGUGUAUUGUAUUCCUAAUAAAAAAUGCUAUAUAUUCAUUACAGUAUGUACUUCUUUUACGGGCCAAUUAAGAAAAUUAAGUUUAUGAUGAUUUCUCGACACUUUAUAUUGAAAAUCUCUCAACGACGUUUUUUUAUUUUUUUGUAUCUGUUCAACCAACAUCAGAAAAGAAUAUAAACAAAAUCGGCAAAUUUCGGUGUUUCUGGCAUAUCUUCGGAAAUAAUCCGAAUUUUCUGGUUUUCUUUACAGCAUCAUAAUAACUGUUUAAUUGCGCAACUUUUCCCUAAUUUGACCAUCUUCGUAUCUUCUAUGGUUUCCGAGAUUCGCAUGUUGGUCGAAUUUACCUUUUAGGGGGAACGAAUAUUCGUUGGAGCAUCUGGUGCGAACUAGCCCUCAUUGAAGGUGAAUAAUUUCGCGAACAUAUUUUCCUAAGGUGAACCUUGAGAAUUUACCCCAAAUUGUACAUUUAUUAAAACUUCUGUUCUAUAAAUCCGGUCGCAGAGUAGAAAGGUCAUUAAUUUAAGAAAUACAACAAUGCAGCAACAUCUGCCGUUUAUGAAGUAUGCACUUGCACAAGAGAAGUAAGUGUUAAAAAUGACAAUACCAUAAGAUCCAUAACCUACGCUUAUAGAAAAUAUUUAGUAUUUAAUUAUGAAAAGGGCCAGGAAUUUUUAACGAUGAAAGAUCUACGAAAAAGAAAGUCUAUUUAAGAGAUAUACGACCGGGUACUUUCUAAUUUGUCUAAUAACUUUGAGAUCUAAUUUUAAAGACGUGGCCAUAACUUGACGUUCGUAUGCAUCGAGCUUCCCAACAGAAACUAAUUUAUUCGAAAUUUCUCUCCUCAGAUGUACACAUAAAAUACUUACCUAGCCUAAUCUAUAAUGGUAUUUAUGUAACGUUGGUCCCUGACCUUCAUUAUUGAUAAAAGACAAAAACUUUCUUCUCGUUGUUCAAAUCCAAAACGUUUUAAAGCUGGAAAAAUUCGACAAGUAAUUAAAUUCUUUUUUUACUCGCAUUUUUUUGAAUAUAAAAUAAAGGAUGGGACGCGGAACUUACCUACUCCACCUAUCGAAUAUAUGCGUGCGUUACCAAGAAAAUAAAAAAGUAUAAGACAAGCAUCGUCGUUUAAAACAGCCCUGACCAGACACAAUUACAUUUUUUUGUAUAUGAUAUUUUUUUGGCUUUGCUCGUUUUAGAGUUCCAUGACCGGUCCAGCUCGAAAUUCGUGGUUCCUAAACUCUUAAAUGUUGUAGUGGUCAGUUCAAGCCUUGUUUACAGUAUAAUAUAAAACGGGCAUGCACCCAUUAAUGCAUUUUUAUCUUUCGUGUUAUAAGUACAAUCUUCGAAAUUAUCUAUGUCACUUUUUACUUAUUUCAAAUUCUAAGACAUAACAAUGAAAAUGUUGCGUAAGAAAUUCUAAGCCGUAAGGUAGGUUAAAGGUGACACAAAAAUAGAUUUCAAAUAUUAUUAUUAACGUAAACAAUUUUUUUUGUCAAUGAAUUACGUAUAUUUACAAACUGGCGCAGUUACGAAUGCAAUUCGCGUCACCGCUAGGCCUCGACGCCUGGAUUUUUGGCGGGAGUAACUUCUGGAGUGCAAAAAAAUUGACUACGACAAAUAAGAAAAAUCUACUUGUUGGUUACCGCUGUAUUUGAAAAAGAUGAUCUGGUCCAGGUGCCCCCUCUUUACUAUAAAAGAAGAUGCUUCAAAAGAAAUGUCUAGUUGUCAUUACGGGGUUACAAACGUAACUUUAGUAGGUACCUAUCCCCAAAAAUGAACCAGGCAUUACUGUACUCAAAGUACAACGGCUUGCAGAAGAACGACGCAAUCUACGUUUUAGACAAUUACUUCGACUUAAUUAAGUGGAGAAAGGACGCCAGCAUUUUGGACGUCGGUUGCGGCGCCGGUGACGUUAUUCGCGAUUUGCUGCUGCCGCGUUUACCAAAAAAAUUUGAAAAAUUAGUCGGCGUCGAUUUAUCCGAGGAGAUGAUCGAGUUUGCCAAGAAUAAUUGCCAAAAUUCGAAGAUCGCAUUCGAGCACAUGAAUAUCGCGACUGACGAUAUUCCGGUUGAAUUUGAAGAAAAUUUCGAUCACAUACUUUCGUUUUACUGCUUGCAUUGGGUCCAAGAUCAAAGGAAAGCCCUCGCGAAUAUUUAUAAAAUGUUAAAGGAAGACGGCGACGUGCUUUUAGCAUUUCUGGCUAAUAACCCGAUAUUCGAAAUUUAUCAGUCGCUUUCCAAAAAAGGUCGGUGGGAAUCUUACAUGGAAAAUGUGAAAAACUACGUUUCGCCGUAUCAAUAUUCGGAAAAUCCCGAUAAGCAGCUGGAGGAAAUUUUGCUCGAUGUUGGGUUUGAUAUUGACAUUUGUAAAACUGAAGACAGAAUUUACGUUUACCCCAACGUGGCGGUAUUAAAAAAAUCGAUAACGGCGGUCAGUCCAUUUUACAGCCAAAUACCGUCGAAAAUGCAUGAAGAUUACCUAAGCGAUUGCGUUAAGGAGGUGAAGAAGUUGCAUUUAUUUGACGAAUGCGACAACAAUAAUGAGCAACGCGUCCAGGUGCCCUACAAGCUGUUUGUGGUUCACGCAAGCAAACGUUCUCCAUAAACUGAAACCGAUGUUUUACUUCAAUUACGUACCUACCUAAGGAUGACCACUUGUCCCGUUUGCUGGUGAACCAGUUUAUAUUUUCGAACACAAAUGGUUCUAAUUGUGCAAUACGAAAUUGAACUUGUGGUGAAUAAUAUAUUGUUAAUUGUAGAUAAAGAUUUAUGGAUGUUAAUCGUUGUAGCUUUUACUUUUAUAUAUACAUUAUAUACCUUUCUAUAACCGUU